UCAUCCAAAACUAGUUUUUUUUUAAUUGAAGAACCCUCUUUUUCUUCUCUUUCAUAUAUCCUCUUCUUAACCAUGACAAAGAACCCUCUUCCUUGAUCAAACAAACCAACCCAAAACACUCACCGCCCCCCCCCCCACCAAAAAAAAAAAACAAAGAAGAAGAAGAAAACCUCGUUUAGCAGGCAUCAUCCAUGGCAGCUCUAUGGUUUAACUCACUGCCAGGAACCCUAGAAAUGAACCCAACAUCAUCUGUUAGUCCAAACCCUAAGCUGUCUUUUGCUUCAUUUCACUGUGAUAGCAAGAAAAGGGUAUCUAGAAUGGCAGUCAAAGCAGCCAAAUAUAAAGGGACUCAAAUGAGGGAAAAGAAGCUAACCGAGUUGAUUGAGAAAAAGGUUUUAGAAGCCAAGCAAGUGUGUGAAGGAGAUGGGACAUCUGACGAGUGCAAGGUGGCUUGGGACGAGGUCGAAGAGGUAAGUCAAGCCAAGGCUGAUCUCAGGCUUAGACUUCAAAUUGAAAAGAAAGAUCCUUUGGAAUCCUUCUGCCAGGAAAACCCUGACACUGAAGAGUGUAGGAUCUAUGAAGAUUGAUGAACCAAAAACAAAAGUAAUCAUUUUUUGGACCUGCUAGUGUUAUUUAGUUGAAAAUAGUAGUGAGGGAUUGUUAAUUUGUUGUUUGAAACUUUGAAUUAUUAAUCCAAAGUGUAUGGUAUGGAUCUUCAUUGUUAUUCUGUUUUCAAUCAA